UUAAAAUUGACCCAAACACCCAAUUUACGAGUGCCGGCUGAAACCGAAGGAUUGGUAAAAAUGUCGCAUCUAAUCUAGUCUGUCAAAACAAUCUCCCUUUCGUUUUUUUUCUUCCACAAAUGCAAAUGGAAUGUUUCUGAAAUCUCUCUAAAAUCCUUUCUCUCUAUCUCCAAGGGAACCCCAACGUAUAGUUUUAGAGUAUAGAAACUUGUUUGCAAGCUUGACAAAAUGGCUACACUUCAAGUAACACACGCGAAGGAUUUUAUAUCCCCAACUUCCUCUUCUUCUUCGCUAUCUUCAAAGCUAUGUUUUUCUUCGAAAAAGCCUUUGAAAAGAAGCUCUUUUAGUACGUAUCACCGAUUUGGAAGAAUAAGCUGUUCUUUUGCUUCAAUGGAAACUGCUAAGAUAAAAGUGGUUGGUGUUGGUGGAGGUGGUAGCAAUGCUGUUAAUCGAAUGAUUGGUAGCGGUUUACAGGGUGUAGAUUUCUAUGCCAUAAACACAGAUUCUCAAGCGCUAUUACAGUCUUCUGCAGAGAACCCAAUUCAGAUUGGCGAGCUUUUGACCCGGGGACUAGGCACUGGUGGGAAUCCUCUUUUGGGAGAACAAGCUGCAGAGGAAUCUGCAGAUGCCAUUGCAAAUGCUCUUAAGGGCUCGGAUCUUGUCUUUAUAACAGCUGGUAUGGGUGGAGGCACUGGUUCAGGUGCUGCUCCAGUUGUUGCCCAGAUAGCAAAAGAGGCUGGUUAUUUGACUGUUGGUGUGGUAACCUAUCCCUUCAGCUUUGAAGGGCGUAAAAGAACCAUGCAGGCACUAGAGGCUAUUGAAAAGCUGCAAAAGAAUGUUGAUACUCUCAUAGUGAUUCCCAAUGACCGUCUGCUUGAUAUUGCUGAUGAGCAGACACCUUUGCAGGAUGCUUUUCUUCUUGCCGAUGAUGUUCUGCGUCAAGGAGUACAAGGAAUUUCGGAUAUAAUUACGAUACCUGGAUUGGUGAAUGUGGAUUUUGCAGAUGUUAAAGCAGUAAUGAAAGAUUCUGGAACAGCAAUGCUUGGUGUAGGAGUUUCCUCUAGCAAAAACCGCGCCGUGGAAGCAGCAGAACAAGCAACUUUGGCUCCUCUAAUAGGGUCAUCAAUUCAGUCGGCUACUGGGGUGGUAUAUAAUAUCACUGGAGGAAAAGACAUAACCCUGCAGGAAGUUAAUCGAGUUUCACAGGUCGUGACAAGCUUGGCAGAUCCUUCUGCUAACAUCAUAUUUGGUGCUGUUGUGGAUGACCGCUACAACGGCGAGAUCCAUGUGACUAUUAUUGCUACAGGCUUCUCACAGUCAUUUCAGAAGACAUUAUUGACAGACCCCAAAGCUGCAAAAGAGAUUAACAAAGCUACAAUGGGACAAGAAAGCAAGGGUAUUCCCUUACCUCUCGAAUCACCAUCGCUUUCAACCGUCCCCUCAAGACCAUCUCCAAGAAGGCUAUUCUUCUAAUUUCUUUGAUUUCUUAUUUUUUCCUACUUUUUUGUGUUGAAGAUCUUGAAGCUUAUAAGUAUUACAGUCAUUUUGUUUCA